AUGUCCCAAGCCGACUUUCCCACCGUGUCUGCCGCGGAUAAGAGCGCAGCAAUCGCGAUUAUUGGCAUCGCAGAGGGUCGCUCAGCAGCCGGCGCACUGCCACUGUCCCGCUUCAACUGCGACAGCUACCAUGGAGACAAGGACGAGCCGGCAACCACUCAAGCCCGAGGCGGAUACUUUCUCCAAGAUGACAUUCGACAAUUCGAUAACCAGUUCUUUGGGAUUAAUAACCGCGAGGCCACGGCUAUGGAUCCUCAGCAGCGGAAGCUCCUCGAGGUUGUGUUUGAGACGUUUGAGAGCGCCGGGGUAACACUGGAUCAAGUCUCCGGGGCCAAUGUCGGGUGUUACGGGAUGGAAUGCAGUGGCCUCCUUCACGCCGGACUAUAUAGCCCUCCAGACCAAGGACCCGGAAAGCCUCACUCGGUACAGCCCCCUGGGUCUAGGCGCAACCCUCCUCAGCAAUCGCAUCAGCCACAUCUUCAAUCUAAAGGGCCGAGCUGCGUCGUUGACACGGCGUGCUCUUCGUCCCUUUACGCGCUCCAUAUGGCUUGCGUGGCGCUGCAGAACGGCGAAUGUGGCUCUGCGGUUGUCGCGGGAGUGAACAUGAUUCAGUCGCCUGAGCUGCAUAUCGCAAUCCCCCAAGCUGGACUAUUAUCGCCGUCUUCGACUUGCCAGACAUUCAACUCGUCGGCCGAUGGGGACGUGGUUCGAUCCAUAAUCCGCGGCACGGCCGUCAACAGUAACGGGCGCACGCCUGGGAUCUCGUUGCCCAGUGUCGAUGGCCAGGAGGCGGUGAUCCGGAAGGCGUAUACUCGCGUCGGACUGAACCCUGCAGAGACAGCCUAUGUCGAGACCCAUGGUACCGGGACCAGCAUUGGGGAUCCAAUUGAAGUGGAAGCCCUGUCACGGGUUUUUGACUCUAGACCGACCUUGCUCGGCUCAGUGAAACCGAAUCUCGGGCAUGGAGAGGCGUCUAGUGAGCUACUGAGUGUGAUCAAGGCCAGUCUUGCAGUUGAGCGAGGUCAGAUUCCGCCGACUAUCGGCUUCAAGGGGCUCAAUCCGAAGAUCAAGGCCGAGGAAUGGGGCGUCGAGGUGGAUACCCGUCUGAUUACAUUUCCAUCACGAGGAAGCUGUCCGCACCCUUUUGCAGAGACUAUCUGUCUCUUGGAUGAUGAGCUGCAUUCCCUGGACUAUAAGCCCUCCUGGAAGAUGCUGGACAUCCUUUCAGAAUCAUCACCAGAAUUCUCCAUACACAAAGCCGACAUAGUGCAACCUAUCACCACGGCUGUGCAAUUGCUCUGGCUUAAAUCCUGGGGUGUCAGACCAAAAGCAACGCUCGGGCACUCGUCAGGGGAGAUUGCAGCCGCGUAUACGGCUGGUCUGAUCUCCAUUCGCGAGGCAAUAGCCAUCGCGUACUACAGGGGGUAUGCGGUUUCAAAAUCAGCACCAGUAGGGUUGAUGGCUGCCAUAGGCUUGUACGAGGAUCUUGUCCGCGACAAGAUCAACGGACUGGGACUCGACGCAGACAUCACAGUAGCUUGCGUCAACUCGCCAGAGAGUGUGACGGUUAGUGGUGACUGUGAGGGUAUCUUAUCGCUCACAGCCGCUCUCCAGGAUGAGGGCGCCUUCAUCCGUACACUGGAAACCGAUAACAAGGCCUACCACUCGCAUCAUAUGGCUGCUGGGGGCGGGUUGUAUCAGCAGCUACUCGGUAGUCUGACUCUCUUUUGCGAACAAGCCUCCGCAGAAGACGCAUUCGGCAUCUGUAUGUACUCGACUGUUAGCUGUAAAGUACUGCAUAGCAAAACUGCCUGCACGACUGCCUACUGGCGCGCCAAUCUCGAGUCCCACGUUCAGUUCUCUGCGGGACUACGUAGUCUGUCGGAGUCGUUCAACCGCAGCACGUGGAUCGAGGUUGGGGCUCAUUCAACCCUAAGGCUUCCCGUUCUACAGACACUGGGCCAGUCGACGUCUUACAUCGCUACGCUAAAGCGCAACCGAGAUUCCGCGGUCUCACUCUUGACAUGCACGGGGGACCUCUUUACCCAUGGCUUCAAUGUUGACUUUUCGAAGCUCCUCGCGAGCUACAGUCACGGGCCGCCUAGAUCAUCCAUGAUCUCCCCACCUACCCCUGGUACUACGAGGAAAUUCAGUGGACAGAAUGUAGGGUUAGUCGAGAGGGACGCUUUCGCCGUUCUCACGACACGAGCUGUUAGGUGGCGAGGUGGCAGGUGGGAAUCAUAG